AUGGAAGGUCGCGUUCUUCCUCCUCCUGAUUAUAAAAUGCAAAUCAUAAUUAUCGGCGACUCCGGCGUCGGAAAAACGUCGUUUAUGGAUCGAUUCACCGAAGGCGCCCAUCGUCAGGCAUAUUCGGCCACAGUGGGCAUCGACUUCAAAGUCAGAAGACUCGAUAUUGACAACAAAACCGUGAAGAUGCAGAUUUGGGACACGGCGGGCCAAGAAAAAUUCAACUCCAUCACGACGGCGUACUAUCGACAGGCGAGAGCGGCAGUGGUGAUGUACGAUGUGACGAGGCCAGCUACCUUUCAAAAUCUGAGAAAGUGGUUCACCCUUCUCGAGACGCACGCCAGAACGGACGUGAGCAAGAUUCUUGUCGGAAACAAAACUGACCAGAAGGAAAACAGAGUUAUCUCAACCGAACAAGGACAAAGAGCGGCGCAAGAAUUCGGCGCUGAGUUCUUCGAGUCCAGCGCUAAAUCCGACUCAAACGUAUUCAGUGCCUUCGAGUUUAUUGCCACAGAUGUCAUGAAAAAGAUGCCGAUGGAAUCAAAUCAACUACCUCUUGGCUUUGGAAAUUCGGGAAUCCGCCCGAGAAACGCCGACAAGACCUCAAACCCAUGUACUUGCUAA